CAUUUUGUUCAGUUUUAUUAAGAUACUUGCCAUUUUGUUAUUUGAUAUUCUGAAGGAAAAUGUCAUUUUAAAUUAUGUGAGGGGGUCAUCGGCAGCACCGCAACAACAUGGCGUCUAGAUUGAGUCGAUACUGAGUGAGGAUACUCUUAUACAAACAUCUAGAGGCUGUAUUGAAAGGUGAAGGGGUAUAAAAGAUUAUUUAAAACGUGAAAGAUUAUUUAGGUAAAGACUGGAUCCAAACAGGCAAUAACAAAAUAAAGAUGUGUGACCAUCACCAUCUGCGCUCACCAGCUCAAGUUGGCAUUGUAGACCAUAUUAGCUCACUGUCUGAUGACUUUGGGGAGCUGGUAGAAAGUGAAGACUAUGCAGACAUUACAUUGAUUGUGGAGAACACAUGUUUCAAGAGCCACAAAGUGAUUCUUGCUGCAAGAUCUGAAUAUUUCAGAGCACUGCUUUAUGGAGGAAUGAAAGAGUCUCAGCCAGGAACAACUGAAGUAGAACUGCCUGAUACACCUGCCCAAGCCUUUGGUGCCCUUCUAAAAUACAUGUACACAGGACGCAUGAAUUUGCUAGAAAUGAAGGAAGAGAAUCUUCUGGACAUACUGGGCCUUUCACACAGAUUUGUCUUUGUUGAGUUGGAGACAGCCAUCUCUGACUACCUGAAAGCAAUUCUUCGCUUGCAGAAUGUGUGCUGUAUCUAUGAUUUAGCUAACAUGUACUCCCUGACUUCGCUCUGUAAUUUCUGCAAAGACUUCAUGGACAGACAUGCCAGUGAAAUCCUUACUUUUGAACCUUUUUUGUCACUUUCUUUGAAUUCUGUCCGUGACUUGCUGGCAAGAGAUUCAUUUUGUGCAGCAGAAAUAGACAUUUUCCGGGCUGUUUGUGAAUGGGCAAAAGCAAAUCAAGGAAUAGACCCCACACCCAUUUUGGAUGUUGUACGUCUUCCUCUAAUGUCUAUGGAAGACUUGUUGAAUGAUGUCCGAAACACUGGAUUGGUUUCAUCGGAUGCCAUUCUGGAUGCUAUCAAGCUCCAGCUUGAAAGCAGAGACAUGGACCUGAAGUAUAGAGGCUUUCUAUUACCUGAAGAAAACAUUGCCACUACUCGGCAUGGAGCUCAAGUCAUCAGAGGAGAGAUGAAAGCAGCUCUCUUGGAUGGAGAUAUUCAGAACUAUGACCUUGAUCGAGGCUUCACUCGUCACCCUAUUGAUGAUAACAAUGGCCAGGGUAUAGCAGUCAAGCUAGGCCACCCAUACAUCAUAAAUACUAUCAAAUUGCUUUUGUGGGACAAAGAUAUGCGGUCGUACUCUUAUUAUAUUGAGGUGUCAAUGGAUGACAAAGAUUAUGAUCGAAUUAUUGAUCACACAAUAUAUCUUUGUCGAUCAUGGCAGAAGCUUCAUUUUCCUCCUAGAGUUGUCAGAUAUAUCAGAGUAGUGGGCACACAUAAUACAGUAAACCGUGUAUUCCAUCUGGUGUCUUUGGAGGCAUUUUACACAAAUAAACCUUUCCAGCUUGAUCAGGGUCUCAUUGUACCAUCUACAAAUGUGGCCUCAAUCAAGCACAGUGCCUGUGUGACAGAAGGAGUGAGUCGCAGUCGCAAUGCACUGAUAAAUGGGGAAACUCGCCAUUAUGACUGGGACUCAGGGUACACAUGCCAUCAGCUGGGUAGUGGUGCCAUUGCUGUACAGCUUGCACAGCCAUACAUGGUUUCCAGCAUGAGACUGCUCUUAUGGGACUGUGAUGACCGCAGCUACAGUUACUUUGUGGAAGUGUCCACCGACCAACAAAAGUGGCAUCGUGUUGCAGACCGUAGUAAAGAAGCUUGCAAAUCCUGGCAAACACUGACAUUUGAACCAAGACCAGUAAUAUUUAUCAGGAUUGUUGGAACACACAACACUGCAAAUGAGGUAUUCCAUUGUGUACAUUUUGAGUGUCCAGCAGACAGCUCAACAGGAAACCUCCUGCAGAGUGUGUCCAGCGCAUCCAGCUCUGGAGUCAGCGGCAGCAUUACAUCAGGACCACUCCACAGUCCCGGCCUCAACCGCUCCACUUCUGCAGCUGAUCGUGCCAGCUUGGGAACCCCUCUUCCUAUGUUCUGUCAUGAGGAGCAGUCCCUGCAGCGCUGCACAGGAGGGGGAAACGGGCUAGGAAUGAUGGGUGCUGGGGCUCAAACAGCUGGAGGUGCAGGGGCGAUGGCUGAACUGCUUCACACGCACCAUCGCCACUCCAGUACUAGCAGUCAUGCCAGUAGCAGCAGCAACAACCUUGAGCUGCCGUCACCUCGUUUGAUGAAUAUGGACAUGUACGCACGACCAGAGUCACAACAAGAUGUGCCAGAGGCAGACCGCAUAGACACGCAGUGAGGACUUGGGAUGAGUGACUGUCCUCAGGAUGUAGCAUUUGUGGGUACUGCUGAAGGAUUUGUCUCUUGGCUCUGGACAGCUGCUGCUUUAGUAUGAUGACAUGAAAUAGAGAUAAAAAUAGGGAUGCAUACAAGAAUCUUGCAAUUAGAAACAGAUGAACCAAUGUAAACUUCUAUAUCAUUAUGGGAAUUUUAAAAAAAAAUCAUAUUGAAGAGCCACUAGACAUGCUCUGUCCAUACUGUGAUUGGUCUAUCCUUGGUGGAAAGUUUCUUUUCCAACAGUUUCAUUUUGAUAGUGUUCAUGCUGCUUUAACAUCAUCCGUCUUUAUUUGAGGCAAGCAGUCACCUUCACAAUAAUAUAUAUGCAUGAUUUCCGUAUCAUUUUAAAUGACUGUGACAAUGGAUGCAAUAGAUCCCAAAGCACAUCAACCAUAGUAGCGUAAAUUAGGUUUUAGAACUGUUUAUUACCAUUUAUAACUUAAGGAUACAAGUAUCAUGUUGUUCAACAGCAUUUAUAAAAUUUUAUAAAGAGUGAAAUGAUCUCUUAUCAAAGUUAUCUUCACUGAAUAAUUUAUGGAUGUGAUAUUAGUGUAAAAAUAAAACAAAAAAUGUAGAAAUUUUCUCAGUCAGUUUUUUAAACUAUUUUUUAUGCAUCACUUUUUCGGUUGCACUUAUUUUUCAGUCAGUGUUGGGAUGCUUUAUGAUCUCUUAAAUGUAUGCAUGUUUAAAAAGGUGUAUGAAAGUACUUUGUUAAAAAAAAAAUAAAAAAAGCAAAAUUUGAGAAUCAUGUUUACUUCAUUAAUUUUCGUUUGUCUCAGGAGAUCUUAGUUUAUUUGGUAAACAAUUAAUGCAUGAGAUAGUGCAACUUCUUAUUGCUAACUGUAUUAAAGACUGAAGAUAGUGUUGGGGAAAAAAGAUUGAUUUUUUGUUUUUUAAUCAAUUUUAUUGUUUUAUGAUGCAUUUGGGUAUGUGCAUAUUCUCCUUUUUCUAGAGCAGAAGCAGUGCAGUAUACAAGAAAAGAUUUUUGUAGUAAAGAAGACAAGCAAAAGAAUCUCAAUCUCAUAAAAGAAUAGUAAAUGUUCUUGGUAAAAAUGUAUAAGUGUGAGGGACUCCUCGCAGAUAUAAUGCAGCACUCAGGAAAUAUCCUAAAGUGGGUAGGUAUGAGCCUGCAUUACUGAGACAUGUUUGAUGAUUCUAAUGAGGGUGACUGCUCAUAACUAUAGUGUUUUUGCCAUAUUUUUGUUGUUGAGAUGUGAUUAAUCUUUUACAUUUUAGAUGUGUCUCAUAUUUCAAAAGUUUCUUUGACUAUUGAUCACUGAAGUAGUAUUCUUCGAAUAUGUAUAAUUUAUGUCUAACUUUGGCCAGCAUUAAACAGCUAUUGUGGGAAGCAAAAGCCACCUACCCUUAAUUUAGCAAAUACAUCCAUGUCCUCUGUCUACAGAGAAUAGCAACGAACAUGGAAUUUCUGUGUUUCAGAAGAAUAAUAAUUUAUGUUUAUGGUCAAGUCAUAGCAUUACUGAAGUUUUUAAGUUUUACUAGUUAUGGUAUUAACAGCACCUGGACUGAUUUUGGAGUUAUUUCUGGAUAAUUAAAAGUUGCAUGACAGCUCUAGUUGAUAGAGCUAGUGUUAACAAGUCACUUUUUCCCUUGUCAGUAUCUGGCUGCAAUCCAUGAUGAUUGAGCAGAUUAUUAUAGAUCUUCUCUUUGUGACUGAUUCUUGGUGUGUAUCUAAUCAGUUGCAUUCUGCAAUGAUUAAAUGUCUCUUGUGCCCUAUGCUGCUGACUGAAGCAAGCCUGACAGCAGCUUCCUUCAUCAUGCAAUGGAGAGAUUGCAGGGAGGUGGCCCAGGAAGGGUAGGCCUUCAUUACAAUUAUGCUAACACUGCUUGUUUUUUAAUCAAUCUUUGCUUGACAUCUGAUGAGUAGCCAUAGCACAAGAUGCUUUGCUUUUGGGGUUUGAAGAGACCUCUGGUGACAGGGUCCAAGUACUAUGCCAAAAAGAGAUUCUACUUGUCUAUAUUUCACUUUUACCCACAUACAGGCCUUGUUUUUGACAAUCUCAUCAUUGGCAGUCAUGUGUUAGUAAUUGUGGCUGUUUCCCACAAUAUCUUGAAGUUUUUGUUAAACUAGCAUCAUGUGCAAGUGUUGUGAGAGGGAUAAUGUUUCAUAUUGAAAAUGCCUUAAUAGAUCACAUGCUGCUUGAGCAGUAAGCAAGAUCUAAAUAACUAGUCUAAAGGUUUUCUUAACGAAGUUAAAUUAUGCAUGUUGUCAUCUUUGUAGUGCUUUGAUUCCAUCAUUUGUUUAGCAGUAUGGUUGUGUGCAUGCCAGUUUUAGUUAAAUGAUUUUGAAGAAACUUGCUUGAAGAUAGUUUUCUGGUAAAGUUUUUAUUUAAAUUUUGAUGCAGAAAGAAGGAAACAUUUUGAUGUUUUGCUCUGGUUAUUUAAUUUCAUUGGUUGUUGAUAAAAUCUUUUUGUUUGCAGUAUCUGAAUUUGUUUUUCUGCUGCAUGCUUUUACAAGAUAUUAUGGUGCUAAGCUGUCACAAGAUUUCAAUGCAUUAGCACUAUUUAAUCAAAAUAUUUUGUAUGUAGGGACCUGGUUGAUAAUUUAUUGUUAUUGUGUUAUUGUUUUGCUCAUUUUUACUGUAGUUUGUUUUGAUGCAUGAACAUUUUCUCUCAAAUCAUGGUUUUUGCAGAUAAAAUAAUAGGACAGCUGUUAAGUGUUUUAAUUGAUUUAAUUUUUGUUUUAUACUACUUUCUAUUUUGUGUACACUCUGUUGCAGAGUCCCUUGCACUCUUUCCAACUACUUUCACUGUUCCUACUUGAUCCUUACUUCACUGUAAAAUCAUUUGCUUUCCUAAAAGUUCAUUUGAUAGGGAGGAAAAACUUCUUAAAGCUGUUUUUAUUUGCUUAACUUUCAGAUACAGUAUUUGCUUGUAAAAAUGUUGUUUAUAUUUUGCUGGAGUUGCUCUCAUUACUUUGCUGGAGUGAUUUUUUACCUUGAUUGUAAGAAACAUUCUUGACUUAAAUUCUUGUUAUAUCCAGUUUCUCCGUCCUUCACUUAAUUAAAAAAAAAAAUGGAUUUAGAUUAAUACAAACAUUUUAUCCAGAAUGUCUAAAACCUCCAAUAGAGAUUUGAUGUCACAUGUCAUUGAAGGCAUGUAAUUUUUACUGAUGAAGUUGUAGAGUCAUUUGCAGGAGAACUACAAGCCGCAUAGUGUGAAAAUACCUUUGUGUGUGCAUACAUAUGCACCAUCACUUUUAUAUCAUUAGAGAAUCUCAAAUAUGACUUCAGUUGGAGGGGAAAGUAAGUGUCAUUUUUGUUAAACUGAUUCCAUGGUUUCAAAUAGUAAAAAUAAAAUUCAAUGAGAAUAAAAAA